GAUCAUGGCACGGAUCGUCCUUCUGGCUUUGGUGUGUUUGUCAGGCUUAGCCCUGGUGCUCGGACAGGACGGGUGCGUGUGGGAAUUGAAGAAAAAUCAAGGUUUAAACACUAAAUCGUUGGACGCCGGAGCCAGUUUCUCAGCUCACCUGCCGAACAUUACAGAUCCAGAAGAAUGCAGACAAGCCUGUUGUGGUCGCACCGACUGCCAGCUUGCUCUGAUCGGAACCCCAGCUGACGAUGGCACACCUGAAUGCUUUCUGGUGAACUGUAUGAGAGAUGAUGAAGAUGUUUGUGUUUUGGAAGAGAACUCUCAAUACGAAGGCUAUCGUAAAACUCAGGAUCCCGAGUCAGGAGCUGAAGCGUCUACAGUUUAUUGCCGUUUUCAAGCUGUAAAGGGACGUUGUCGGGCUUACUUCCCCCGAUUCUACUAUGAUGUAACCAGUCAAACCUGUGAAGGGUUUACCUAUGGUGGUUGUGGUGGCAACAGCAACAAUUUUGACACAAAGGACGAAUGUGAGAGUUCCUGUAGUGGUGUAACAGGAGAUAUGCUGAUUGAUUCCCGGACUAAUCCAAAGCGCAAAGUCGUCAUUCCAGAGGAUGGCAAAGCAGGGCUGCCUGGAAUGACAUCCACUGUGUUUGCAGCAAAGUGCCAGGCUGAACCACAGGUUGGGCUGUGCAGAGCCUCAAUCCCACGCUUUUACUACAAGAAUGGCAAAUGCCAGCGCUUCACGUAUGGCGGCUGCAGUGGCAAUGAGAACAAUUACGCCACUGAGGAGGAGUGCAUGAAUACCUGCACAGGAAAAAAACCAUCUGAACUUGAGGAGAGCAAGGAAUACCAAGAGGCUUGCGGCGUGCCAUCCGACUCCGGGCCUUGUCUUGCUGAUUUCAAAAUGGUCUACUUUGAGCCAAGUACUCAGUCGUGCCAGGAAUUCACCUAUGGAGGAUGCAAAGGCAACAAGAACCGUUACAACACUGUGGAGGAAUGCAUCUCCAGAUGUGCUAGAAAAGACGGGAGCUUUGAGGAGCAUGGACACAGCCGCUGGUCUCCAGGUUUUUUCCUGGUUGGCACUCUGACCAUCAUGUGCGUAGUGCUGUUGGUUGGCUUGAUACUGAUUACAGUUCGCCGUGCUCAGCAUCGUCGCCUCCUCACACUGGACGACAAGCAAGAGCUGCUGCCUGAAUGGCACGUUGCUGAAGAGGAUGACCUUAAAACCGACACCUACUAAAUCUAUUUUUUCGGAUUUUCUUUACUGUUUUUACUCCCUUUGUUCUACUUUUUACUAAGCAUUACUGUGUCUCCACACUAACACUCCAUGUCAAGUCACACGUCUUGGAUUGAGGAAUUCUAUCAGAUGCUGCAGUAAUCAAAAUCAAACAGCACAUUGUACCUACGUGCUAUAUUUUGUUACUUACUCACUUUCUUAACCGCUUAUCCAAUUAGAUCGUGGGGGGUGCUGGAGCCUAUCCCAGCUUUUCAAUGGGCGCAAGGCACACAGUAACACCUUGGAUGGGGCGCCACAUACACACACACCAUUCACCUAUAGGGCAAUUCAGUGUCUCCAAUUAACCUGACUGCAUGUUUUUUUGGACUGUGGGAGGAAAUCGGAGCUCCCGGAGGGCUGGCCUAUAAUGGUAAAAAUUCUUUCUAGAAUCUUAUUUUACACCCUUUCAAAUGGAUGAACUAGACCUUUGUUCUGUGAGUAUAAAUAUUAAUGGUAAUAACUACUGACUAUAUCGAGCAUAUACAGAAUAAUGAAGUACAGAUUUUAAAUACAUUUUUACACACUUCAAGGCUGGUACUUAACAGUGGUUAUUGUUAGUUGAUUUUGUUUUACUUUAGAAGGACAAGCAAAAACAUUACGGUACUACAUCUACUGUAGCCAAAUGUUCAAGUCUUGCUUUAAUUAUAAUAUUUGAAUGAAUAUAGAAUGGGAACUGGAACAUCAUUUUCUGUCUUUUUUUUGUAACGUCAUAAUAAAGAAAGCCUGAAGGUUUAAA